CAUUAUUGUCCUUGACGUCAGCUUUAACAAACUCAAUGGAAAUCUGCGUGAGCUGCCUUCUUCAGCCCUUGGCCAGCCUCUACAGGUACUGAACAUCUCAAGCAACUUGUUUACAGGACAGUUUCCAUACACUGCAUGGAAGGUGAUGGAGAACCUGGUUGCGCUUAAUGCCAGUAACAACAGCUUUACCGGGCAGAUGCCAACUCAUUUCUGCAAAAACUCGCCGUCCUUGAUGGUUCUUGAUCUCAGUUACAACCAGUUUAGGGAGAGAAUACCCCCUGGUCUUGGUGCUUGUUCCAUGCUAAGAGUGCUCAAGGUUGGACACAACCACCUGAAUGGAAAUCUCCCUGAUGAGCUCUUCAAUGCUACCUCGCUGGAGUGCCUCUCUUUUCCCAACAAUGGUUUACAAGGAAUACUUGAUGGCGCGCAUAUAGCCAAACUGCUUGAUUUGGUCAUCCUUGAUCUUGGAGCAAACAAAUUGAGGGGCAAGAUUCCAGGCUCCAUAGGUCAGCUCAAGAGAUUGCAGGAACUCCAUUUGGACUACAACAGCAUGUCUGGGGAGUUGCCAUCAACCCUGAGCAACUGCACAGACCUUAUAACCAUCAACCUCAAGGGCAACAGCUUCAGUGGAUUGCUUGGCAAGGUCAAUUUCUCUACCCUGCACAAUCUCAGAACUUUAGACCUUCUGUACAACAACUUCACCGGCGCGGUUCCGGAAAGCAUAUACUCUUGCAGAAAUUUGACUGCAUUGAGGUUAUCUGGCAACAACUUAAAUGGGCAACUUUCACCAAGAAUAGGUAAUCUGAAGUCCCUCACCUUCCUAUCCCUUGGCCAAAAGAAUUUUACCAACAUCACAAACACCCUUCAGAUCCUUAAGAGCAGCAAGAAACUGACCACUCUUCUGAUCGGAUCCACCUUCAUGCAUGAGACCAUGCCAGAUGAUGACAGCAUUGACGGUUUCGAUAAUCUUCAGGUUCUUUCCAUAGGUGGGUGCUCCUUGUCAGGGAAAAUACCUCGGUGGUUAUCCAAGCUCACAAAUUUGGAGAUGUUAAUGUUAAAUAACAAUCAGCUAACUGGACCCAUACCCUACUGGAUCAGCAGUCUAAACUUCCUGUUCUAUUUAGACUUAGCAAACAACAGCCUUACUGGGGAAAUUCCAACAUCUUUAAUAAAGAUGCCAAUGAUGAGAUCAGAGAAGACCACAGCACAUUUGGAUCCAAGAGUCUUUGAGCUACCAAUAUAUGUAGACACCGCAUUUCAAUACCGCAUGGCCAAUGCUUUUCCAAAAGUGCUCAACCUAGGAACCAAUGAAUUUGUUGGCGUAAUCCCUCCAGAUAUAGGCCUCUUGAAAGAGCUCCUUUCGCUUAAUUUGAGCUUCAACAGAUUACACAGAGAUAUCCCAAAAUCGAUCUGCGAUCUGACAAACUUGCUGGUGCUCGACUUGUCAAGCAACCAUCUUACAGGUAGAAUCCCAGCUGCAUUGGAGAACCUGCACUUCCUUUCCACUUUCAACAUUUCUAACAAUAACCUGGAAGGGCCUAUUCCAACUGGUGGCCAGUUUAGCACAUUUCAGAAUUCUAGCUUUGAGGGGAAUCCAAAGCUAUGUGGCUCUAUGCUUGCCCAUCAAUGCAGUUCAGCUCAAGCAUCUCCAGUCACCAGAAAAGAACAAAAGAAGAUGGUUAGUAUUGCAAUUGCAUUUGGCGUGUUCUUUGCAGGGAUUGCCAUUCUUCUGUUGCUGGGUCGUCUCCUUGUCUCAAUCAGGGUAAAGUGUUUAGCAGCGAAAAGUAGAAGGGAGGAUAGUGGAGAUGUUGAAAUGACUUCAUUCAAUUCCAGCUCAGAGCAUGAACUGGUCAUGAUGCCACAAGGCAAGGGAGACAAAAACAAGCUCACAUUCUCUGACAUUGUAAAAUCUACAAAUAACUUCAGCAAGGAGAACAUCAUUGGGUGUGGUGGUUACGGUCUAGUCUACAAAGCCGAGCUACCUGAUGGAUCCAAGCUUGCAAUUAAGAAGCUCAACAGUGAAAUGUGCCUUAUGGAAAGGGAGUUCACUGCUGAGGUUGAAGCACUCUCCAUGGCCCAGCAUGAAAAUCUUGUGCCACUGUGGGGUUAUUGCAUCCAUGGAAAUUCUAGGGAUGAUGAUGCUAGCACAUUUCUUGACUGGCCGAUGAGGCUGAAAAUUGCCCAAGGAGCAAGCCGUGGUCUUUCCUGCAUCCAUAAUGUCUGCAAGCCGCACAUUGUCCAUCGUGACAUAAAAUGUAGCAACAUACUGCUUGACAAAGAAUUCAAAGCUUAUGUGGCAGAUUUUGGGCUGGCAAGAUUGAUAUUGCCCAAUAAAACUCAUGUUACGACCGAGCUGGUUGGCACUCUUGGUUACAUUCCACCUGAGUAUGGGCACGGGUGGGUGGCUACUCUGAGAGGUGAUAUAUACAGCUUCGGAGUUGUCCUACUGGAGCUACUCACAGGAUUGCGACCUGUUCCUGUUCUGUCAACAUCAAAAGAACUUGUCCUGUGGGUGCUGGAGAUGAGGUCUCAGGAAAGCAGAUUGAAGUCCUCGAUCCAACACUCCGUGGCACAGGGCAUGAAGAGCAAAUGCUGA